UUGGUUGUGUAAGGUGUUUUUGUAUGUACUGUCCUCGUUUCGUUUGAUCACUACCAAACCGCAAGAGUCAAUGUUCGUGUAUACAAGUUAUUAGUUAUAUUGUUUUAACCCCUGCUAUUCGUGUUGAUACAUCCAAACAUCCAAGUUCGAACUGCAACGCCAUUGCGAGUUCGAACUGCGACCCAACCUGAGUCGCAUCUCGGCCGCGAUCGUGGACUUAUCAAGUUUGCAUCUUGACGUUACUUUAUUUACGCCUAUUUAUAUGUGAAUUGUAUGAUUACUUAAACAUCACCGAACUCUGCCAUUAUUCUUGCCAAGUACUUGUCAUUCACCGUAGCAGUCUCAUGUCGAGUCAACAAACUGAUCGGGCAUCGAGUGGUAGUGUAGAGAAUUCUGACUCUGACUGUUUGCUCUCUUGUGCCGAUGGACAAACUCCUGUUGCACCUUCUCCUUCCAAGCGGCCUCAAGGAAUCCGAAGUCGGUUAUUUCAACGCAAGAAGGAAAAUGAUUCUACAUCAAAUCUAAAAGGUCUACAAGGUGAUUCUUCACCAGAGACCCAGCGGGUGUCGUAUGCAGAGAAUCUUCUGGAUUUACCACCAAGACCACCAGCAUUUGUCAGAGUAUUGCAACAAAUACGCAGCAUGCCAAACAUGAGGAAAGCAAUAGAUACCAAAUCAAGUCGUCCACCUAGCGCCGGGAAUAAAGCGGCCACAUUACCAGUACAUCGUACCAAGUCAGGAGGAAGUGAUAGCGGUGAUGUCAGUCGUGAUGGCAACAGAUCACGAGCUGGUAGUUCUUCAGCAGCUGAUUUUAUUGAUAGUAGACAUUCCAGUGAUCGUGAGGAGGAAUCAUGUGAGAAUCUUGCGGUGUCCAAUAGUACCGAUGCAGACUUCUCCACAUUGGAUGAGGCUGACUCGGGACAUACGCCGGACCCCUUACGAGCUAAGGGAAUGAUCGAACAAUAUCAACAAAAGAUUUUACGAAUAAAGGAGCAAAUAAAGGCGGAACAGACACAACGAGAUGAAAACGUUAACGAGUACUUGAAGUUAGCUGAACAUGCUGACAAACAACAGAUUGCCAGGAUCAAAACAGUUUUUGAAAAGAAAAAUCAAAAAUCAAAUUCUGUAAUCGCACAGUUACAAAGAAAAUUAGAAAAAUACCAGGAGCGAAUAAGAGGUUUGGAAGCAAACGGAGCACCCCCAAGGAAACCUAAAGAGGUUCUUCAAGGAAUGCAUCAAGGUCUCAAGGGUGUUGGUGCUAAUAUUCGUGAUGGAAUAUCAGGGUUUUCUGGUGGUAUGGCUGACAACAUUAGAGGUGGUCUUACUGGCCUUUCAGAAUUUGCACACACUGCAGGAAGUGCUGUUGUCUCCAAACCAAAAGAAUUUGCUCAUCUUAUAAAGAAUAAAUUUGGAAGUGCGGACAAUAUUGACACAAUGAAUUUAGACGAAGACAGUACAGACCAGCAAAGACCAAUUCCAACUAGAGUCGUUGCAAGAAGCACGUUUUAUGUAACACCUUCUCUAAAUAUACCUGUGAGCCGCAGUCGUGGAUUUAGCGUUCCUAUCAUUACUACCCCAAAAUUUGGAGAUGAUCUUGAUGACCAUGAUGAUACCAGUAGUGUGACUUCAGGGUCUGUUGCAAAUGUUUUACCGUCACCAAUCAUCAACCAAAAUGGUAGCACAAUGACUUUAGAACCAUUGCUAAAUGAAUUACAAGAAAUAAGAGAAGCACAAAGUGAGCUUCAUCACACACUGGAAACGGUCAAGGUACAUAUGGAUCAGGAAUUUACAUUCUUCAACCAGUCAUUACAGGAAGAAAGAUAUAGAUAUGAGAGGCUUGAAAAACAAUUAAAAUUUAUCUGAACUUCUCAAAAUGAAAUGAUGAAUUUAAAACAAAAAUUCAAGUAUGGAAAAAAAAGUGGAGUAUCAAUCUGAUGAACGUGCCAAAGAGAUAUACAGGAUGCUUUAAGAACAAUGUCAAACAAAGAAUUUCCAAAAUGGAACUUGCCCAACAACAACAGCAGGUUAUUACAUUAGAGGGGUAUGAAAAUGCCAAUGCAAGGGCACUAUUAACCAAAUUGAUUAACGUCAUACUAGCAGUACUAGCAGUAAUUUUAGUAUUUGUAUCAACCGUAGCUAAUCUUAUAACUCCAUUUAUGAAAACACGGAUGAGAAUAGCGAGUACAACAAUGUUUGUAGUCAGCGUGACGAUCGUUUUAAGGAAUUGGGACACAAUACAGAGCACCGUUCAGACUUUUCGACGGGAUUAUGGACAUAUUUU